AAACCAGAUUCCCGUGAAGGCCCAGCAGUGCUCAUGGUCCAUGCUGCUCUUCUGGCGGACCCUCCCACAUCUUGGCUCACACGCCCAUCGUCUAAAGAGGACAGGAGGACUGCAGUCCUGCCACAGACAGUCGAAAGUCCCUGCACAGGUUCUCUUGACAAGGUGGAGAAGUUAACUGAAAGAUUAUCAGAGGAGGGUCCCAGUAACAAAAUAUCCUACAAUCCCUCAUCAACAUGGGGGCUGUCAUCUCACGGUGGAGGACCAAACCUUCCACUGUGGAGAUCUUAGAGGGAAUCGAUAAGGAUGUAAACAUUCUUGAAGAAUACAGUGAGAAGUAUCAGAAGCAGUUGAAGACAUGUGUCGGGCGUCUGCUUCUGUACUCGUCUCUUCUCUACUUGAUCACAUGUUUAGUUGUGUAUUUCUGGUACCUGCCUGAACAGUUGAUGGGACGGCUCAUAUUGUCUCUUCCCUUCGUUUUAUUUCCGUUAUUAGUUUGGUUACUACGAAAAAUGCUUAUAAUUAUCUUUUCACGAAGAACUAAAAAAAACAAUGAAAAAUUAGAGGAUCUUAAAGCACAAAAAAGGAAAAUACUUGAAGAAGUUAUGGAAACUGAGACAUAUAAGAAUGCUAAAAUGAUUCUGGAGAGGUUUGAUCCUGAUUCCAAGAGAAAAAAUGAGCUUGAAUCCACUCCAGUUGGACCUCAGAUGACUCCAAAACCAGGACAAGACCUCCGCCAGCGCAAUGUCAUCCCAAAGACCCCCUCAGUGGUGGUAAAUCCUGCAACCGGAGCUGCUGCCCGCCCUCCUCUUGCCUCUGGGCCCACCUAUCCUGGACGAUCUUCCCACUCUGCUCCAGGUGGACCCCCAGAGAGGAGCCUGUCGGCUAUAGCUGCUCAGCAGAGCUUGAUGAGGAGGCCUGUGACCCCUGGAACACCUGUUCCAGCAGUCGGGGUGCACCCCCCAGGUCCGCCCCUGGCCAGACCUGUGGUCCCAAGGGAAAGAGGCGCUAUGGACAGAGUCAUUGAGUAUCUUGUUGGAGACGGCCCUCAUAACAGAUACGCUCUCAUCUGUCAGCAGUGCCUGUCCCAUAACGGCAUGGCUUUAAAAGAGGAAUUUGAAUACGUUGCCUUCAGAUGUGCGUAUUGUUAUUUCUUGAACCCUGCGAGAAAGACGAGGCCUCAGGCACCAAGACUCCCAGAGGUCGCUGGCGAACUGAAGAUGUCAUCCGAGGCGUCCUUACCACCACCUGCAGAUGCCGACCAAUCUGUUUUAGGGCAAAUGAAGCUAGCUGAUGUCUCUGCUGGAACAGACACCCAAGAGCCAGGCACACCAACAACCGACGAGCCCAACUCCGCGUCAGACGGCCAAAGCACACCAGAGUCACAAGAUCUGCCCUCUGAGAAAUCUGACGGAGAGCAAGAUGUGUCCGCCAUGGAAGUAGAAUAAAACAGUGGAGUCAGGCUGGAACUUUAUUUUUUCUUUGAAGAAAUGUAAUAAUUGUUAACUUAUAAGUAAAUGCCGUAAGGUGGAAUAGUACAGCAACAAGUCAGCUGUUGUUGUGGAUUUUCUACUUACAGUACAGAAUUAUCUUUUUUUUGAGAAUUCCUUUUUUAGUUCUGGAAAUAGUAAAGAAUUUGAUAUAAAAUUGCUUAACGCUAGCAUUUUGUAGCAACCAUCAAACAACUCACCUCUGAAUGAUUUUAUGUCCAGCCCUUUCUUAUAUGAUCUUAUUCAGAGCAAUAAGGCUUAUACUGCAUUAAUUUAGUCGUUUUUGAUGUUGUAUAGCAGUGUUCUUUAUUUUCCAUAUUUUAUGUUUUUGACUGAAAUUCUAACAGUAUUCUAUCUGGGUUAAAUGGAAAUUUUGAAACAAUAUUUUGUGGGGGAAAUACAUUUUUAUUUAUGGGAAAUUAUUUAUAAAUAUUUUUCUAUAUUAUGCUGUGCCUCUCAUGACAGUGUUGACUGGGGUGCUCUGCAGCACGGUGGUGCUAACAUGUUUACACAACCAUGGUACCAUAAUAGAAAGGCACAUUAGGAAUGUAUUUAUUGCUAAAAUGGAGAAAAGAGAUUUAUGUCAGUACUGUGCACCUGCCCUAAGUGCCUUUUUAUAUUUGAAGUCUCCGUUUCUUAGUGUUGUCAAUAAAACCUAUUUACAUAUAGACAAAGUCAUUUAACUGUUAACACACUGUUUGCUGAAUGUCUGAACUCCCAUUCUGUAUGAAAUAAUUCUGAAUAAACGUUUGA